UCUCACAACUCCUAAAAUAAUUAGGGUUUGACCAGUUAACAGCUGAAACAGAGGAAUCAAAGAAGCUACCCCACCCACACGUCGGGUAUCGUAUCAGUAAUUUAUAGAAGUUCAAGCUCUGUUGUGGAUUUUUUUUCUUGGUAGGUUUCUGUUAAUGUGAAUUUCAUUUUCUCCUAUUUAUGCUCUGGAAGAUGUUAAAAGGAGAUAUCUAGGAGUGAAGAUUUUCUGUUAUAUCUAUUCACAUUGUUUUGAUACCUGGGUUUAUCUUUCACUUCAGUGAACAGAUGGAGAAGGAAAUUGUUGAGUUGUUCGAAGCGGCGAAGAAAGCUGCAGAUGCUGCAGCAACGGAUGAGCCUUCCUCUGGUGGAUCUGAGGAAACUCGAUGCAUUGAUGUUUUGAAGCGGUUGAAGCAUUUUCCUGUCACAAAAGAUGCUCUCAUUGCAACGCAGGUUGGAAAACGUGUUCGACAGCUCACAAGGCAUCCUAGGGCAAAGAUCCAGGCUGUGGCUUCUGACUUGAUUGAGACAUGGAAAAAAGUAAUCAUCGAGGAAACAACCAGAAAUAAGAAAAAUGGAAGCUCAGAGGAUAAAGAUUCUGCAAAGGUUGAAAAGGCCGAGAUUGUCAAGGUUGAGAAGGUCCAAAAGGUUCCCAUGAAGAUUGAGAAGGUGACAAAGGCCAAAACUCCCAGGGCUGAGGGGAUUGAUCAGGGCGAGAGAAUAAAAUCUGAGAAAGCUUCAUUUUCAGAUACUAUAAAGGUUGAGAAGAUUGAGACUGUCAAGAUGGAGAAGAAGAGUAGUGGGAGUGAGUUUGUUAAGGUUGAAAUGAUAUCCAAAGAGUAUAAGCAAGCUUCUGGAAUGAAAAAACCUCCACAAGCCUCCAAUGGUCCUCCAAAAUUGACUUCGAUGCUCAAAUGCAACGAUAGUACGCGUGACAAGCUCCGGGAAAAUCUUGCAGAGGCCUUUUCCAGAGUUUUUAAUGAGGUCACUGAAGAUUUUAGGGAAGAGGUAAAUGCCUGUGACCCAAUCCGGGUUGCCGUAUCUGUGGAGUCUGUGUUGUUUGAAAAAAUUGGCCGGAGUAAUGGGGCACAGAAGUUUAAAUACAGAUCUAUAAUGUUCAACAUGCGAGAUCCCAAAAACCCGGAUUUGCGGAGAAGAGUCCUUCUUGGACAUAUCAAGCCAGAGAAACUUCUUGUGAUGACCCCUGAUGAGUUAGCAAGUGAUCAAAGGAGAAGUGAGAACAACCAAAUAAAGGAGAAGGCUUUAUUUGAUUGUGAACGUGGGGGCGCCCCAAAAGCCACAACAGAUCAGUUCAGGUGUGGCCGAUGUGGGCAGCGGAAGUGCACUUACCAUCAGAUGCAAACGCGGAGUGCCGAUGAACCUAUGACGACCUUUGUAACAUGUGUAAACUGCAACAACCAUUGGAAGUUUUGUUAGUUGGUUGUUUUUGGAGCUACCAUCCAUGUGGGACAGAUUGGCUUGGAUGUUGAACUCUGUACCUCCAUCCUAUUUUUUUUAUUUAUUAUAUCAA